CGCUGACGUGGUGCCCACAGUCCACUACUUAAAGACGAAGCGAUAGAAAUUUUUUACUCCUCUCAAAGGAGGGGAGCGACGAGGAAUCACACACGUAGUUACCUUAUCUCGUCCGUACCACUGUCUAAUAUGAUAGGUGUUGUUUGUUUGGUCAAUCAAACAAGAGAGACCAUAUGGAAGUGUAGACUAUUUCCUCUCAACCGCUUCCAAGUCCCAUUCACGUGAACUGGCAAGCCCAUCCCCCGCCAGAUUUGUGACACGUAUGCGCGCCAGCUGUCUCCUGGACCGGCCGGUCGUUAUAUAAAUCCGCCGGCGAAUAAAGUCGACGCGGACUACACCGUUGGAUCGGCGUUGCCCUCCUUAACGGCCUCCAACGGCCCAAAACCAACAAAGGCGGACCACCUGGCCCAAAACUGACGGCCACGAUUGUUGGUACGGAACGGCCCAUCCGUCGUCCAUUUUAAGCUAUGGUAGUUGGGCCGAGCGAAGAACCCUAAAGCUCGCGAGAGCUGCGCGAGCUGCGAGAGAGUGGAGGGGGGAGGCGGGUGGGCGAUCGACGAAACUGCCUGCAUUUUGUGAUUGGGUGAUGGAAUCGGCGGUGGAUCGAUCCAUCGACAAGGUCAGGGGGCCGUGGAGCCCGGAGGAGGACGCCAAUCUCCAGAAGCUCAUCCAGAAGUAUGGGGCGAGGAACUGGUCGCUCAUCAGCAAGGGGGUUCCCGGGCGAUCGGGCAAAUCGUGCCGGCUGCGCUGGUGCAAUCAGCUGAGCCCCCAGGUGGAGCACAAGCCCUUUUCUUGCGCCGAGGACGCGAUCAUCAUCGAGGCGCACGCGCAGCACGGCAACAAGUGGGCGACGAUCGCGCGGCUCCUCCCCGGCCGCACCGACAAUGCGAUCAAAAACCACUGGAAUUCGACGCUGCGCCGGCGAUCGCUCCACCAGCAGCAGAUCCAGCACGAGGACGACGAGCACGAGGAAGACCGCCGCCCCGAUCGCAGCGAGGAGGAGGAGGAGGAGGAAGAAGAGGACGAGGCAGGCGUGGCCACUCCCGCGAUUUCUAGCAGGAAGCGCGCAAGCGUCGACGCGGCGGCGGAGGAUGGAUCAUCCAAGCGGCCCAACCUCAUUUCCUUCGACAUCGCGUCGCGAUCCUCCGCGUUCUCGAGCUACACGAAGCCCGUGGAUCCAGCUCCAGCUCCUCCAUCUACGCGCUCGACGAGCGACACCGUUUGCUUAUCGCUCUCUCUCCCAGGUUCGAAUCCUUCCAACACCGACGCCAGGGUCCGGGGCUCGAAUCCUGUCCGCGACACCGGUGUAGCGGUCACCGGCUCGAUUCCUGCCCCUAGCCCUAGAGCCCGCGCAGAGGAGUCCCCUGCUUGGGCUCCUCCCAGCGGCUUCUUGCGCGCGGACGAGGCCAUGGAUCUCGUCAAUGCCGCGAUUAGGGCAGCAGUGGCGCAGGUAUUGGCGCCCCCAAUCUUGCCCGAGCCGAUCGAUGCCCGGAUCGAGAGUAACAAGGCGCUGGCGUCGAUGCUCAAGCAAAUGGUGGCCAAGGAGGUCCACAACUACAUCUCGUCCGUCCAGGAACAGCAGCAGCAGCAGCAUCUCCACCGUAGGCAUCACUUUUUUGGGCAUCGUUCGGCCGCUGCGGCUGCCACGUCCGCCAUGCCACCGCCACCCAGAAGUGUGAGCUGAGCUUCGAUCGAUCGCGUAUGGAUGAAUCAAUGUCAUCUUUUGUUUUUGUCAUCGAAGGAAACUAGUUGGAAACUAGCGAAGAAGUUCGUUGAAAAUCGCGACUGACGAUAGCUCGGCACAGUGUAUGUUUCCAAGUAGUGUUAAGUUCGGGAUUAUUUUAUACCUUUGCUGGUGCCAGUGAGGAUUCUCAUCCCCAGCGCCCUUCUGUGACAAUUUGAAGCUCCAUGACAAACAAACAAACCUUGUCCCAUUUCUCCUGGGCCACGCUUUGGA